AUGGCGAACAUGCAUUCCCUGCUGAACGUGCUCGUCUUUCUCGGCCUCCUGGCGUCCUUGGUUGCUGCUGCUCCGAGCCAAAUACAGAAACGGUCUUUCAAAGUCCCUCGAGUAAAGAAUGAGAACUUCAAGGGUCACAAUGGGCCAAGGCAACUUCUCAAGGCAUACCGCAAAUACAGCAUGCCUAUUCCAGCUGCUCUACUUGACGCUAUCCGAAACGGUCAGGGCUCAGCGACUUCAGAGGCGGAGGACGUCACCGUGAGUGCAGUCCAGACCAAGGCCAAGGGGAAGGGCAGAGGCAGAAAGGGAAAGGGGGCUGGUACCGGAGGCAAUGCUGGCAACACUGGCAACACAGGCAACACCGGUAACGCCGGCAAUACCACAGUCUCAACGAACAGUACCGCAGGUGUGGGCCUGGUGACAGCCACUCCGGAAGCAAACGACGUGGAGUAUCUUUCACCCGUGACCAUCGGAGGCCAAACCCUCAAUCUCGAUUUCGAUUCGGGCUCUUCCGAUUUGUGGGUGUUCAAUACUCAGCUCUCCAACCAAGCCACAACCGGCCACACUCUCUACGACCCCACUCAGUCAUCCACCUUCAAACUUCUCCAAGGGGCCAGCUUCUCCAUCACGUACGGUGACGGCUCUGGUGCUGCUGGAAAUGUUGGAACUGAUACAGUCUCACUGGGUGGCGCGACUGUCACAGAACAGGCCAUUGAGAUGGCCACUGCAGUGUCUGAUUCCUUCAUUCAAGACACGGCUAACAACGGUCUGCUGGGACUCGCCUUCUCCCAGCUCAAUACUGUCAAGCCGCAGCAACAGAAGACUUUCUUUGACAACGUCAUCCCAUCCCUUAAUGAGCCCGUAUUCACUGCCGAUCUUCGCAAGGAGGCAACCGGCGCAUAUGAAUUUGGUCGUAUUGACACCAGCAAGUUCACCGGGCAGAUGACCUGGGUCCCCAUCAACACAACGCAGGGCUUUUGGCAAUUCUCUAGCACACAGUUUGCUGUCGGAACUGGGGCUGCUCAGCAGGGUGCCGCAGACGGCCAGGCUAUUGCUGAUACUGGUACAACUCUGAUUCUUGCGAGCACCGAGACUGUGAACGGGUAUUAUUCUCAAGUUCAAGGUGCAGUUGAUGACCAGCAAGUCGGUGGCGUCACUGUUCCAUGUGAUGCCGAUCUGCCGGAUUUGAUGUUGGAUGUCGGUGGCACAAUGGCCAAGGUAAAGGGAAGCGAUAUUGUCUUUGCCCAGGUCCAAGACAAUACUUGCUUUGGCGGUCUUCAGGCCACGACAUCCUCGCUCCAAAUCUAUGGUGACAUCUUCUUCAAGUCUCAGUUUGUUGCCUUCAACGGCGGUAACAACUCAAUUGGCAUUGCAGAGCACAUCUGA